CAUGAGUGAGAGAGAGAGAAGAGAAGAAAGAAAACGGUUAACAGAUAGAGAGAGAGAGAGAGAGAAUAGUGUGGCCUCUCUGGAGACACAUGAAAACCAACUCAAUUUUUUGGUUUCUGCUCUGUAAAUUAUAUUCCCUCUUUCCAAUUAUUUUCAAUUCAAUUCACCAAAUCUAAAUUCAGUAACUUACUCUCAUCCUCAAUUUUGUUAUGUUUCUCCUUUCUUAACAAUGUCACACAACUCUUAACCAUUCCUAAUUCACCAAACUUUUCACUUUUUUCUUCUUACCAAAACAAUUUCCGCUUCCAUGGCUUCUAAAUCUAGUACUAGAUCAAAGCUAUCUGAAAAUUCCAACAAAGCAUCACAGGUAACACCAAGAGUUAGUAAAGUUAGCAAAGUUGUGUCCAAAUCAGAAUCUGAGUCGCCAACUCCAUUGCAAAAUUCACGUCUAUCUGUGGAUAGAUCACCGCGAUCUGUGAAUUCUAAGCCCCCCGCUGUUGAGCGAAAACCGGCAAAAGCUACCUCCACCCCGCCUGAUAAACAAUCCCCAAAAGCUGCAAAGGGUUCAGAAUUGCAGAACCAGUUGAAUGCAGCUCAAGAAGAUCUAAAGAAAGCAAAGGAACAGAUUCUUCAGGCUGAUAAGGAGAAGUUAAAAGCUAUUGAUGAGUUGAAAGAAGCACAGAGAGUGGCUGAGGAAGCAAAUGAGAAACUCAGGGAAGCAUUGGUGGCUCAAAAGCUGGCUAAGGAGGAAUCUGAGAUUGAAAAGUUCCGAGCUGUUGAAUUGGAACAGGCUGGAAUUGAAACUGUGAAGAAGAAGGAAGAAGAAUGGCAGAAAGAGCUUGAAAAUGUGAGGAACCAGCAUGCCUUGGACAUAGCUUCUAUUUCCUCCGCCACGGAGGAGCUUCAGCGAGUUAAACAAGAACUCGACAUGGCUUGUGAUGCCAAGAACCAGGCAUUGAAUCAUGCAGAUGAUGCAACUAAAGUUGCCGAGGUUCAUGCCGAGAAAGCAGAAGUUUAUGCAGCUGAAUUGACGCAGUUGAAGGCCUUGCUAGAUUCAAAGCUAGAAACUGAAGCUAGUGACAGUAAGCUUAUAUUGAAGUUGAAAACAGAGAUAGAAGCUCUCAAGCAAGAACGUGACAAGGGAAAGGGUUAUGAUGAGAAGUUGACAGAGAAAGAAACUCAUAUUGAACAGCUUAAUGUAGAACUUGAAACCUCAAGGAUGGCAGAAUCCUACGCGCAUAGUCUUCUACAGGAGUGGAAGAAGAAGGCUGAGGAACUAGAAAUAAGGGUUGAAGAACUAAACAAGUUAGAGAGAUCUGCGUCAGAAUCUUUGGAAUCUGUAAUGAAACAGCUAGAAGGAAGCAAUGAUCUGUUGCAUGAUGCAGAGUCUGUAAUUGCUACUCUUAAAGAGAAGGUCGGAUUGUUAGAAAUGACAAUCGGGAGACAAAAAGCCGAUCUCGAGGAUUCAGAACGUCGCUUUCUUAUGGCUAAGGAAGAAAGUCUUGAAAAGUCAAAGAAGGCUGAGUCUCUCAAAUCCGAACUCGAGACAGUUAAGGAAGAGAAAUAUCUGGCUUUGCACAAUGAACAGCUUGCAGCCUCCAGUGUGCAGACCCUAUUAGAAGAGAAAAACAAACUUAUCAAUGAAUUGGAGAAUUCUAAGGAAGAAGAAGAAAAGAGCAAAAAGGCUAUGGAAAGCUUGGCUUCUGCAUUACAUGAAGUAUCUGCAGAAUCAAGAGAAGCUAGAGAAAACCUACUACUCAACCAAGCUGAAAGGCAAAGCUAUGAGACUCAGAUUGAAGAUUUAAAGUUAGUCCUAAAAGGUACUAAUGAAAAAUAUGAGUCCAUGCUUGAUGAAGCACGACAUGAAAUUGAUGUUCUUAUAUUCAGUAUAGAAAAUUCCAAGAAUCUCUAUGAGAACUCCAAGGCUGAGUGGGAGCAGAGAGAGCUUCAUCUAGUUAACUGCUUGAAGAAAACCGAAGAAGAGACCGCGGCCAUGGAAAAAGAAAUAAGUAGAUUGGUUUAUUUGCUUAAAGAAACCGAGGAAGAAGCUAAUGCCAACAGGGAGGAAGAAGCUCAGUUGAAGGAGAAUCUGAAGGAAGUUGAGGCCGAGACGAUCCACCUGCAGGAAGCUCUUAAGGAAGUAACGGCCCAGAACAUGAAAUUGAAGGAGAGUUUAUUGGAUAAAGAAAAUGAAAUGCAGAAUGUUUUUCAAGAAAAUGACGAACUCCAAGCUAGAGAAGCCGAAUCUAUUAAGAAGGUGGAGGAGUUGUCUAAGUUGCUGGAAGAAGCUACGACGAGAAACCACACUGAACAGGAAAAUGGCGAUCUUUCAGACAGUGAGAAGGACUAUGAUUUGCUUCCUAAAGUAGUUGAAUUUUCUGAAGAGAAUGGUCAUGGAUUUGAAGGAGAGGAAGCUCCAAAGGUGGAGUUUUUCAUGAAUCAGGAGGUACUCAAACAUAGCUUACAAGAAGAGAGUAUCAUCGCAAUUGACAAAGCCGAGAAAAUUGAAUCUCCGAAACCUGUGGAUGUGAAUGGAAAACCAAAGGAAGAAGAUGAGAGCAAAGAAAAGGAUGAUCCAGAACAAGUAGAAUUCAAAAUGUGGGAGAGCUGCAAGAUAGAGAAAAAGGAGUUUUCGCCAGAGCGAGAACCGGAACCUGAAUCAUUUGAAGAGGAAAUUGAGUCAAAGAUAGAAGAUGGUGGUGGAGAAAGCUUUGAUAAGGUAAAUGGAACCUCUGUAGUAGAGAACAUUGAUAAUGGUGGAAGCUCACCAAUAAAAGAACAACAACAACAACAAUUGAAAAAGAAGAAGAAAGCUUUGCUUGGAAAAUUUGGAAGCCUGUUGAAGAAAAAGAGUGGUAGCAACCAAAAAUAGAAACAACAUUUCAAGUUUGUUUGUGUGCAUAUUGAUUGAACAACAUUCAUUUGUUUGCACUUGUUUGCUUUAUUAUGAUUUUUGCUUCUAUAUAGAAAAUAUAGGAUUUUUUUUUCUUCUUAUGAAAUGAUGACAAGGCUUGUAAUAUUGUUUAGGAUUUUUUCGCAUGGGUUGUGGUUCUUCAUAUCAUGUUGGUAGCUAAGUGUAUGUGAUCAUGAUGCAAAUCCAACUAUUUUUUCCACCCUUUAAUUGUAUUUUUUAUGUCAUCCCAAUUCAAAUGAAGGAGAAGCUCUAGUAGAAGA